CAGGCACUGCAAGCACCAGUUGCUGACCAGCCUGCCCACUUCCCUCCCUGCCUGCUGCUGGCUGCCUUGAAUGCCUGGUUCUUCGAGUUUCUUGUGGGGCUGACAAAGCGGGACCAUGUCUACCUUCGGCUACAGGAGAGGACUUAGCAAAUAUGAAUCCAUCGACGAGGACGAGCUCCUCGCUUCCCUGUCGGCCGAGGAGCUCAAGGAGCUCGAGAGGGAGCUGGAAGACAUUGAACCUGACCGCAGUCUUCCCGUGGGGAUGAGGCAAAAGAGUCUGACUGAAAAAACCCCCACAGGGACAUUCAGCAGAGAGGCACUGAUGGCCUAUUGGGAAAAGGAGUCCCAAAAACUCUUGGAGAAGGAGAGGCUGGGGGAGUGUGGAAAGGUUGCGGAAGAAGACAAAGAGGAGAGCGAGGAAGAGCUUGUCUUUACUGAGACUAACAGCGAGGUUUCCGAGGAGGUGUAUACGGAAGAGGAGGAGGAGGACGACGAGGAGGACGACGAGGAAGAGGACAGCGAAGAAGAGGGAAGAACGGCUGGAAACGAGAAAGGGAUUAACGGAACUGUGCAUUAUGAAGGCGUCGAUUCUGACAGCUCCAGGCCAAAGACAUUUAAAAGUCAAAUCGAAAACAUCCAGCUGACCAACGGCCACAGCGGAAGGAGCACAGAGUCCCCGGCAGCCAUUCACCCCUGCGGGAACCCUACGGUGAUCGAGGAUGCUCUGGAGAAGGUGAAAAACAACGACCCCGCCACCACGGAGGUCAACCUGAACAACAUCGAGAACAUCACGUCGCAGACCCUCGCCCGCUUCGCCGAGGCCCUCAGGAACAACACGGUGGUGAAGACCUUCAGCCUGGCCAACACGCACGCCGACGACAGCGCGGCCACGGCCAUCGCGGAAAUGCUCCGCGUCAACCGGCACAUCACCAGCGUGAACAUCGAGUCCAACUUCAUCACGGGCAAGGGCAUCCUGGCCAUCAUGCGGGCCCUGCAGCACAACGCCGUGCUCACCGAGCUGCGCUUCCACAACCAGAGGCACAUCAUGGGCAGCCAGGUGGAGAUGGAGAUCGUCAAGCUGCUGAGGGAGAACACCACGCUGCUGAGGCUGGGCUACCAUUUCGAGCUCCCAGGACCAAGAAUGAGCAUGACGAGCCUCCUGACGAGGAACAUGGAUAAACAGAGGCAGAAGCGGAUGCAGGAGCAAAAACAGCAGGAGGGGAGUGAUGGAGGAGCCAAUCUUAGGACCAAAGUCUGGCAAAGAGGAACGCCUGGCUCCUCGCCUUACGCAUCUCCCAGGCACUCUCCCUGGUCAUCCCCCAAACUCCCCAAGAAAGUCCAAACUGUGAGGAGCCGUCCUCAGUCUCCUGUGGUCCCGCCCCCUCCUCCUCCUCCGCCCCCGCCGCCGCCCCCGCCCCCACCUCCUCCUUCCCAAAAGCUCCCGCCCCCUCCUCCGCCCCCACCCCCUCCGCUCCCAGAGAAAAAGCUAAUCACCAGGAACAUCGCAGAAGUCAUCAAACAGCAGGAGAGUGCCCAGCGGGCACUACAAAAUGGACAGAAAAAGAAAAAAGGGAAAAAGGUUAAGAAACAGCCAAAUAUCCUAAAGGAAAUUAAAAAUUCCCUAAGGUCAGUGCAAGAGAAGAAAGUGGAAGACAACUCCCGACCUUCUACCCCACAGAGGUCAGCUCAUGAGAAUCUCAUGGAAGCUAUUCGGGGAAGCAGCAUAAAACAGCUUCGGCGGGUGGAAGUUCCAGAAGCUCUACGAUAAAGCCCCAUCUUUAGAAGAGGAUGCAGAAUCACCCGGUGGUAUUAGAUAAAAUGCAUUGCGAGAUGUUUCUAAAGCACUUUCUUCAAUUUGAAAUGUUCUCUGACUUUAAAAAUAGCCUCACCAUUAACCCCAAAGAUAAUUUCAAGAAACAGCGUUUUUCCUCUGUAAAUAUGAAAAUAAACAUCUUUUUUUUAAUGUCAUGAGAUUUAUUGGCAAGAAGCAGUUUAUUUAAAGAUGCCUUGGAUGUGUUGAUAACUCUGAGCUGCAAGGCAUUAAUGAAAUGUGCUCUUAUUUUUGUAAUCCCAAUAAAUUUAGAUUGAAGUU